AUGGAUCACAGCAAGUUAAAAACCUCCUCGGAUUCUCAGACGGCUCCUAUUGUGCUUUCGCCGCCGCCGCUAGACCACGCUAAGCCGCUAAACCAAUCGGAGUUUCCAUCUCAGCGACAACAAAGUGUUGGAUAUAAUCUUCAGCACGAGUUUGAAACAUUGACAGCGGAGUUGGAUUUAGACUUGAAGAACCAAACAAGGGCGUCGCAAAGUGCGCCGCCUAUUACUAAAGAGCGUGGUCCUUCUGGUAGUAACUUGAUAGCACCUUCUGCAUCCAAGUAUGCAGGUGUCUCAUCAAACUUGUUGAAUAUAGGUUCUCAGGAAAUACCAACACUGCACGCUACACAAACGGGUAGAGUACAAAGCUCGCAACCUACAGGUGGCUUUUUGCAACCUCCAUCCAUUCCUGAUAGACCACAGUCAGCUCACGAUUUUGCGAAUAUAUUUCGAAGACCAGGGUUGAAUCAAGUUCCACAAUCAAAUUUGUACCUGGAUCUUUUGGUAUUUAGCAACUGGAUUGAAAAUCUUAGUCCACAGGAUACUGUUUCAAUGAUUGACUACUUGUGUGCCAGCUUACCUGUUGACGUGUUGCUUACAUUUCAGGCUAAACUUGAUCAACACUUGCAAGUGUAUAACCAACCAUUACAAAACCCUUUGUCGCCGUAUGGAAAUAAUCCCGAUCUUGAUAUUGAAAACUUGAGCUUAAAUGAAUUUAAUCAACCGCAAAGAGCCAAUACUUUUAACCCGCUUAAUUUGGACAUGGUUGCUCGCCCUCGUUCGGCUGACCCAUUUUUGCAAAAGAACCAGGGUGUAGCUGGCUUUAGAUCGAAAUCACCUACUUCACACUUACACGAAAAGACAAACUUUUUGCAAUUGGCAGCAAGCAAUGCUCAAACUCAUUUCAACCAGCCUUUCUAUUCAAAUGGUGCUGGACAAGGUCUUCAUCAGGAUGAAAACCUUGAUAUGUCUAAUACAUUGAAACUAGGGGCACUUGCGACGAUAAAUUCUAGAGUGGCAUUGGAUAGUAGGAAGCAUCCUCAAAAUUGGAGCACACCUUAUGGUCAACAGAAUCAGCAGCACAACCAGCACAAUCAGCACAAUCAGCACAAUCAGCACAGUCAACACAACCAACACAUUCAGCAUGGUGCUCAUCACUUUUCAGCGAUGAAUUUUGAAAACUCCAUCAACAGAGGAGCAAAUUCGGCAUCAGUACCGGUCAGGCCCAAUCACAAUACCACCACAGGAUUGAAGAAAAAAGUGACGUCGCCUACAGCAACCACUAUGCAUGCAAACAUAUCCACCAACUCUGUCAACAGUCAAACUGGAGCCAACUCAUCAAUGCCUAAUGAAGUUGCAAGUAUUGAGCUUUUGAAUAAUAUCCCAGCGUGGCUAAAGUUGCUUAGAUUGCACAAGUACACAGACUGCUUAAAAGAUGUGUAUUGGAAAGACUUGAUUGGGCUUAAUAGUGACCAAUUGGAAGAAAAAGGUGUCGCAGCCUUAGGUGCCAGACGUAAACUUUUGAAAGCAUUUGAAGCAGUGAAAAACCAACAUCAAUUGUAA